AUGGAUCACGAGAAGUUGGCUAGAAUGCAGGCGAGCGUGCGGAUCGGGUAUGUGCUUAGUUCCCCUCAUCUACACCGUCGAAAGCCCUCAACGCCCGGCCGCCGUGGAAAGGGUACUCCCCGCCGCAAGGUCAAGAAGGUCCACAAGACCUCCGGCGCCGACGACAAGAAGCUCCAGGCCACACUGAAGAAGAUGAACGUCCAGCCCAUCCAGGCCAUCGAGGAGGUCAACAUGUUCAAGGAGGACGGCAACGUCAUCCACUUCGCUGCUCCUAAGGUCCACGCCUCCGUCCCCUCCAACACCUUCGCCCUCUACGGCAACGGCGAAGAGAAGGAGCUCACCGAGCUCGUCCCCGGCAUCCUCAACCAGCUGGGCCCCGACAGCCUCGCCUCCCUCCGCAAGCUCGCCGAGUCCUACCAGAACAUGCAGAAGAACCAGGCCGGCGACAAGAAGGACGACGACGAGGACGACAUCCCCGACCUCGUCGAGGGCGAGAACUUUGACAAGUCCGUCGAAUAA